UCUUUGGGCUUUCUGCGCCAUCCAUGAAAAAGUUUGAACAUCCUCCACGAAAGUCUCCACAUGCAAUGUGCUGUCAUGUUUGUUUACAUUUUGCUUCGCUCCUAUUGGAUAGUUAUCUGACACAUGUGAAAUGCCAACUUGACCCCUCACGAGGGGCAGAAUUCAAAAAUCAAUAGCUUGCAUGCAGGCUCACUUUUCCGCGCCCCAUUCUUCUCGCCGGCUUCGCCAGCUCGCUGUUGCAGCUCCACUGCCCUUGCCCGGCCCGCAAUACGCUACCCAAAAACAACAAGUGAGCCUACUCACAGGCUAUGCGCAUAUGGCGCAUAAAGCUACAAAAUGGCACAGUAUGAAAGUACUUACUGGCCUGCAAUGCGCCCUCGCCACGAAACAGCUAGUAAAAUAUACACUAUUCUAUUUCAUCACCACUGCCACAGGGAUCCCAUGAGAAUGCAUCGCGCAUGCGCAUGUCAGUGCUUAUUGCUUCGUGCCGUCAGCAAGCAGCAAAAAUUUUUGCUGAAUGAAAUUCUGAAAAAUUCCUUUUGCACUUCACUGAAACUCACUUCAGUUACGCUAUCUGGAAGAACAAAUCAUCGACUGAAGGAACAUGAGUGCUGACGACAGGGAAAAAACAGAUUCCAGUGCCAACCCUUCCAGGACUAAGGAGAAAAACAGCUCGGCCGACAUGGUGAACGUUUUGCAAGGCUUACAAAGCUCACUAACACAACUUGUCAAGGUUUCAAAAGCCCAAACCGAAGCUUUCAAUAGCCUCAGAGAAGAUAUUCUCCUGCAACCCAAUCCAGACGAAGAGAUUGAGGAAGGCGCUUUGGAUAAGACGUCCAAUUCACUCGACUUAACUGCAGCCACAAAUCAAUUGCUCAACUCGAGCAACGGCCAAAGUCCGAAGCCCACUCACUCUGACUCAGGGUCAAAGAACGAUCUUCUAGACAGCCUGACUCAGGCGCUAUUGUCAACUAGCAAAAAGUCCCCUGAUAUUGAGGGGAAAAUUGCCACACUUGUCGACAAUAUUCUGACUGGAGAACUGUCACAAGAUUCAGUGAAAGAGAGAGGCGAGAAAUAUCUGCCACCUGCCUAUUGCAAAUAUCUCACACCGACCCUGGUGAAUUAAGAAAUCUGCGAUUUAUUGACUAGAAAGAACAGGUCAGUGGAUCUGGCUUUUCGAUGUGUUCAGGAAGCGAUUAUUAAUGGGUUAUCCUCACUCUCAAUUCUAGCCGACAGGCUAUUCAACGAUGUUCAGAGCGCGAAAACUGUGAACGCAAGUGAUGGAUAGCAUUGCACUCUUUGGACAUGCAAACUGGAAGCUUAACAUGAAGGGCCAGGAGCU